AUGGAUUCCCUCAAGCACGGUCUUGUGAGUGCAGGGAAGCUCGGAUACAAGGGCACCAAAAGUGUAGCGAAGUCUGGUUACAAUUACAGCAAGAGCCACUACAACAAAGGAUCGGACGUAAAGGGGAAACAUUCCAAGUCGAGGGAAGAAGGUGAGGACGAUGACGAGCCACCUCACCGCAUUCCAAUGAACAACAACGUGGAUCCAGGGAGGUUUGUACCACCACCGGUGCAUGGGAAUCCAGGUGCACCGGGGCAACCGGCUCCUAACAGUCACUCGCAGGGAUACUACAACCAACAAGGGCAAAACAGUGCCCCCUAUGGGCAGGGACAACAGCAACACCCACAACAGAAUGGGUACUACAAUAGCCAGUACCCGCAGCAAGGAGGUAUUCAACCUGCCGUCGGGCCUCCUCAGAAUUCAGGUUUUAACGCUACCGCUGCUGAUAACUACUACGGGCGGGCACCGAAUCAACAGCAAAGUCCCCAACCUGCAACCCCGUAUGGCCAGGUUCCGCCGCAGAACUUUCAACCUGCAACUCCAUAUGGACAGCCUCCACAACAGAUGCAACAGACACAGGGGAUGUAUCCACAGUCAAUGGGACAAUCGCAGAGCCAGUACGGCCAACCUCCAGGGGCAACCAACUAUGGCUCCCAACAGAGCACACCACCGGCGAAUAGACCAUCAUAUAACAAUGCAUACCCUUCAGCUCCUACACAAAUUCCAGUACCACAGCAACCGGCGUACCCACAACAGAGCAGUAGCCACUCAGUGCCCACUGCAAACCAGUACGGAUCUGCUCAAACACCUCCUCCAAACCAGUAUGGUUCUGCUCAAGCACCUCCUCCAAACCAGUAUGGUUCUGCUCAAGCAACUCCUCCAAACCAGUAUGGAUCUGCACCAGCAACUUCUCCAAACCAGUACGGAUCUGCACCAGUACCCCCUCCAAACCAAUUCCGCGCUGCACCAUCUACACCCGGGGGCCAGUACCAAGCUCCACCAAUUCCAGCGAAUCAAUACAAUCCUGCGCCUAUACCACAUACAAUGAAUAACCCAAUGGGGAACGCUCCUCAAAAUCAACCUGGACCUGGACAACCUGCUGCGCAACAACAAACUCCCCAAUUCCAAGUCAACACAAACAUCGAUUUGAGUUCGUUGCCGCCACCUCCUGUGCAUAACCAAAGGAACAAAAUAGUGAAGACGAUGAACUCUGAACCAGCAGCUGGGGUGGAUGUAGGGAGAGCAGAAGAUGGAUCAAAUCAUACAAUGCCCGGCCAUCAAGAAAGAGCAUCUCCCCAGCCUAGUUUACCGGCCAGGAACAACAGGAGUGGUUCGGCAGAGAACGCAACACCUCCACCGGCAUUGCCAUCCAGAAGCAGAGGAGAAAGUACGAUGCCAGCGGUUUCUCCUCGCGUACCUGUGAAUUCAGAACCUCGUUUCGAAGCCGCUACAGAACGGCACACAGACUUCAACCAGCAAGGGAACAACUUCGAACCUACGAGUGGUACAACUAAUGUGAUCCAGCCUCCAGUGUUACCAGAAAGAAACUUGGAUUACCUUGGCAAAGACUGUGCUGCCGUUUCAGCGAGUACACACUCAUCAUCUGAUGUUCAACCAGAUACUCCCCGAGCACAACAACCGGUGCCAAGCGAGCCUGUCCAGUCUCCCGCGGGUGCGCCUGUGAUGGGGUUUGGUGAUAUCUCUGAACAACUGGCGCAAGUUACUUUACACAAAGUGUCUGAUUCUUCAAGGACAGGUGUACCACCACCACCACCACCAACACAACAUGGACAGUCCAGCCCCCGGUUGAAUGAACGCAGUGCGUCUCCUGUAUCGAACUACUCAAAUUUUGCGAAGAAGGUACCUCCCAAGGUGCCCGUCAAGAAGGAUUCAUUGAAGAAGAAGGCGCCUCCGGUGCCCGUUAAGAAACCAGUUUUGCACAAACCUUUGACCCCUCCUGUCCGUGAAUCUGGCACUGCCGGUGCUGCACCUGACGCAGAUCAACUGGAGGAAAAUCUGAGCCCGCUGGAGAGGUACAAGAGGAACGCAAUGAAGAAGUAA